GUUUGGUCAGAGCAUAGACUCCUUCAACUCACAGGACGUCAAAACCCGCCGCACAGCACCGCUAGAGAAGCCAUCACCGUUCCAAAGAUCAUCCGAAAACUGAGAAUAAAAGGGAUUCACAAGUCACUACAUGUUGGCUUUUUCCUUCGCCAGGAAUGACCAAUAACAUUUGCAUUACGAUGUUCACGCGACGCGCUGCUAAGCCCAAGGAGCCCAUAACAAACAAGUACACGAUUGCUGCGCUUCCUCCAGAAAUUAUUGAAUAUAUCCUGCUCCAUGUUGGAAAAGCUACUCUUAGUCUAACCGUCCCUUUGGUGUGCCGCCAAUGGCAUGCUAUUGCUAUACCGCUCCUCAGGAGAUCCGUCAGGAUUACGGUCAUCCAACUUGAUCAUGAUCUGACGAGGCAGGACAAAAGCAAAAAAUCAAAACAUACGACUGACCUAACCAAGUGUUCAUUAGCAUUAAAAUCAAGGUUGAUACAUUUUCUAGAAUCGACUCAUUCACUCAUAUAUGAAGCAGGGCUAUAUCCCAAUUCAGACGUAAGGCAACUAUCGGAUGAAAAGGAGAAGAUAGUUUGGUCGGUUCUCGAAAGUGCUUUGUCAUCCCUAUCAAACACCACUCCUGAAAACAUCCGGAUUCGACAAUUGGUCCUUAGUGUUGAGUUUGAUUCCAGUAUCUGGAGUCGAUUCCAACCAUUGUUGACGUUCGUUGGCCAUGGGCUCACCAGUAUACGCCUGGAUCAAAUCCCGGACGGCACCAUCUUACCCAUCGAUACAAUUAUAGAACUUUGUCCUCAUCUCAGGAACCUUCAUGUUGCGUCUCGUGCGCUUUCGACCAGUAACAAGAUAUCCAGGCUAGGGGAAACCAGCACUAACUGUAAUAAACAAUGGGAGUUACGGUCUAUCAGCUUCGACCACCUAGCUUUGCCACAGACUGCGCUUGAAGCGCUAGUACAAAAGUGUCAUAAUCUGACAGAGCUUCGGAUCAUCCGCUGCCAACCUUUGUUCCCCAAAAGGAUACACUAUGAUUGUCCAGGGAAUUUUCUAUUCAUCAGGGAAAGAAGAGAACAAUUCUUCACCAGUUUGGCAUUAUAUUGUCCAAAGCUCACAAGCCUUCAUGUCUCAGUGGCUGCAGAAGAAAUAUAUGACAGGUUCGAGGAGGUAGUACCAAUAUCUCAGUUCCCUUCGAUUGAGCAUUGGGGAGUAGUCACAUUGAGUAUGUUCAGGACACCAUCGUUAUCUGCUAGUACGCUUUUAGACAGACACAGAGUAGAGAAUCGACUGACAAGCCUCGAAAUCGUACUAUCAAUGUCCAACGGCUUGCUUAUCACUGGUUUAAAUACUGGCGAAUGGAUACAUCAGCUACUAUGUGAGAGUCCAUUGCUGGAACACUUAAGGGCACCGGACGUUAAUAUCCCUUUACACCUGCUCUAUGUAACCAAGGCUUUAUGUGUGAAACCAUGUCGCAGUUCAGACUAUGGUGAUGGCACCUUUAUACCCCCGGUCCCUCGACAAAUAUGGGCCUGCCGAAGACUUAAGACAUUGCAUAUUAAAGUCAAAGAGUCAUUUAACUAUGGUACUAAGGACCUAGAAGAGCAGGUUCGUGUACUCUAUGGAUAUAUUAGCCGCGUUUGCCCAGACCUGGAAGAUUUAUCCAUCAGGAGGAGCCACAUGCUGUCUCAAUAUCGCUAUCAUGUCAACAUGUGUUUGUUGUCACGUCUUAAGCAUCUACGGAUUUUACAAGUCAUGGACUUUGAUUAUGUGCGCGAGCAAGACUUUGACUGGAUCAAGCAGCACUACUAUUAUGAUACGAGGGAACAGACGAAGUUGAAGCUGGAGCAAGGAUUGCAAGAAACCAAAAUGCCUCUCCUUGUGCAGUCUCUGCUUAAGCAAUGGGGAACACUGUCUAUACUCAACACCUCAUUCAAUGUUGCUGAGAGUGCUAGCUUGGCGGAACAGAGCUUGGGGGUCCCAAUUGACAAUAAUGACGACACUAGCGUUGCAGAUAAUAAGCAUGAACGAGAGGAGCAUAGAGAGAUGAUUGAUGGUGUAGAUAUGACUCACCUUGGCCGGCUGCAAGAUGUCAUUAAUUACUUCAGAGAUCGACGCCGAGCUCGAGACAUAAGCCUGUGGCCAGAACUGGAGAUCCUAUGUGUUCGACUCGAUAUCGAUUAUCGUGAACAGAGGAGCGAUUUUGAUAGUUCCAUCAAACAAUUCAAGCACAUCAUGAAGAAGCUUCGGCCAGAGAUCGACAUUGUCAUCAUUACAAAGAAAAAGGGAGACGCUAUUCUAUAA